AUGGAAAAUUCAGCCUUUGGACGGCUCAGCGUCAAGUUCGAGUCGCCCUUCAAAGCACGCAAUCUAGAGGACGAUCGGAUGUGCUACGUCGUGAAGAUGCCCUCUACCGCCCGGCUCAUACGUGGUCAGUUGGUCGAGAUCACCGGGCUUCAGGCGCCGAAGACUACUUCAGAGCGCUGGAGACAAGAUGACAAAGGAGCCCGCGACUUCAAUGGCCAGCAGGGCCAGCUCAUCGAGUUCAGCGAUGCAACGGGCGAAUGGACUGUCGCCACGUUUUCUGCAGACAUGGUUUCAGUGCCAGAGUCGAACAUCAGGCCCUUGACGACAGAUGACCUGGCAGACUGCGACAUCGCUUUGGGACCGGCGUCAGAUACCGGUGUCAUGGGAGCAGAGCUUACUGAUAGCCUGUCUCAGAAAGGGUACGCACUUUGCAAGCUCUUCGUUGCGCCAGAAGACUUGAUAGAAAUGGCCAGCACAGCAGACAGGUGCGUUGAGGGAGGCGCGUUUUCCCGACUGCCUCCUGAACUCGAGACAGGCUACCUGGGCAAGGAGGGCAAGGGAAAGACGUUGUCCGUCGAUCUGGAAAGCAGCGACACGGCUGACUUUCUACGGGAGUCGCCCUUGAAAAUCUUCGAAGAUGCUAUUGAGACCGUUGGUACAUUGCUGCGACCCUUCGUAGAAACCGAGCUUGGCUUCGACAUCUACAGCCGCAGCAGUACGAUGAUGUCUUUGCCUUUCAGCGAGGAUGAGGAUCUCUACUCCGCGCCGGAGCUGGAAAAUGAAGAAGCGGCCAGCUUCCUCUCGAUGAUGUGGCGAGCAAAGGUCAUGAUCCUCAUUAAUUCUGGGCCCGGUGCCAGCGUGCUGACACUGACCCCAAAGGCCAUCACUGAUCAGGAUCCUGUGGAGCCGCAGCUUACCAUUCAGCCGGGAAUGCUCUGUAUAUUCAGCAUGGACAGGUACAAGUUUGCGUACAGUUCGGAUGGGAAAGCAUUGUCGCUUUCUGCAUUCUUUUUAGAUGCUCCUCGCGAGUAUGUCAUUGAUAACAUCACUGGGGACCUCACAUUCUUGACGGGCUCGAUCAGCGGGCCCUCGCAGCCAAAGGUAGAAUCAGUGCCUGUGGUUUCCAUGGGAAUGAGAUAUGCCUUUGGCGUAGAUGAGCCAUGGAAGACUUGGGUGGCCUACGCGAAAGCUGGCUGGGACACCAUUGUCAGGCAUCCCACAUCAAGAUGGGACUGCGAUAUGUAUUAUGACCCUGAUGCAGAUCAAACAUCUGGCAAGUCCUACACUUGCCAUGGUGGUUUUUCUGAUGGAAUAGAACUUUUUGACUGCCGCUUCUUCGAUAUUUCUCCAGCUGAAGCCAGAGGCAUGGAUCCGACACAGCGCCAGGUCUUAGAGGUCUCCUACAUCUCCCUUCAGGGCGCUGGAUGGACGAAGAAAAGCCUGCAGGCCAAGCCUGCCAACAUUGGCGUUUUUGUUGGGCUGGACAAAAAUGAAUGGAACAGCAUACCGAAGGACAUUUCUGGGGGAUUCGCCGCAUCAAGCGGAGCGAAUGCAAUCACUGCCAACCGUUUCAACUACUGCAUGUUGCGGCAGCAGCUGGCAGCGGCCACAUCGGUGCCGGUCGCAGAAGACAACGUUGCUAUUAAUCGCAUGUUGGAUCACCUCUGGCCAUAUGUGGCCGAGAACACAACGAGGGAACUGACAAUGCAAUUGGAACCCUCAAUACGGCUUGCUUUAAGCAAGCUGCCUUCACCCCUCAACAAGUGCAGUGUGGACUUGCAGCGCUCAACUUUAGGGACACGGCCGUUGCGAUUCUUGGCACCGCAUGCAUCUUGGUCGAGCCCUACAAGCUUCACCGUCAGCUUGCGAUUAGAAUGGGACAGUGACAGUUCGGUUUACUUGAUGUUUACAGGAGCCACGUUGGGAAUCGUAAACCUCAGAGUCGUUGGAAAUCUGAUCGUCGAGCUGUUGCUCUCUGUCCCUGGCGGAGCCCGAUCCCUUCGAAGCUUGCUCUCGGGCUUCCGCGUCUUCUUUCCAACGCCGCCAGAUAUCCAGUUUGAUAUCGACCGCGGCCAAUUAGCCAUAGCUGUGAAUUUGGCAAUGCUAAAGCGCAUGAUUUUUCAAGCCAUCUCAGACAAAUGGGCAGAGAAGAUGGUCUUCCCCAACUGCCAGGGCCUUUCUUGGACGAGCAGCCUUGACAUCCUGGAUAUCAAGCGGCCCAGUGUAGAAGGCAUUCUCAUGCUUCAGAUCACCUCAAUGAAUGGACUCGCGGAGCCAGGCAAGUACAUCAUUGAGAUGAUCUUUGGAUCUGAUGUCCACUGCACUGGCUGCGAACUGGAUGCAUCUUCGGCUUCACUCCACGAUGUGGGUCGUCUGCCCGUCCUUGUGCGAGCAUGCGCUCACCAGCGGCUUCUGGUGAAGCUGUCGAGAGACUGGGCUGGUUCCCAUGAACAGCUUGGCUUCCUUAGCCUGCGAGCUGCUGACCUUGUGAGUGCCGCUCGAGAUGGAGCUCGCAGCUACACGCUUGAGUCGCCGGAUGCGAGCAUCGGCACGCCGGCAUCGAAACUGUCUAUCAACAUCAGCUUCGACUGGAGGCCGGUCCAGGCCGUGCAGGAGGAGGAGGCCCCUCCAGCACUUCUUUCGGUCGGCAUAUACUCGGCAAUGGUGCCUCGGGUUGACGGUGUGUUCUGGGUUGUCCUACGGCUUGGCAGUGCCGGCAAGACGACGAGGACAAGCCAGAAGAGCCCGCAACACGACGGUGAAUUGCAGAGGAAACUCCAAAUCUUGCAGAAAUACCGGAUAGAGGCGAGCGACCUAGCCGAAGUCCUGGACGACCUGGGGCCGGAGAUGUUGAAGCACCACGGCACUUGGGGCAAAGUUGAGUGGAUUGAGAGCUUCGAUUUCCGGCUGGAGCCACAACAUGCGGGAAUGCCAUCUUUGACGAUCGAGCUGUGGCACAAGGCACCAGGAAAGUCGGAGACGAAAACAGGAGCCCAUCAGCUAGUUCCAGGAAGUGGCAGGCGCCGAUCGUUGGCGUUUGAAGGAUCUUCGGCAAGGCUGCAGUUUCGAAUGCAGCUGGCCUACUUUUCAAAGUCCUCCUAUGUCACAUCGGCGUUAAGUUCAACCCCAGAGGCGGAGCCGGAAGCUGGAAUUUCAGUGGCUGCAUCCGCUUUCGCUUCGGCGCUCGAUGGUGGAAUGGUCGCAACUGAUGCAGUCACGACGGCUGUGAACGAGGGCCUCGCUGCCAUGGAAGGUGCCUACAACGGUCUUUCUGCUGCAGCAGCGGCAGGAAUUGAGGGAAUUUCUUCGACGUGGACAUACGCUAUGGCUCAAGAGUCCCAGCAGGAGCCACCCCAAACAUCUUCGGAAGGCACAGUUUCUACCACGAGAAAGAAGUCGAAGAAACGAGCGGUCCUGGACAGGGAAUAG